UUAGAAAUGAAUGCCUAGCGAUAAACAUGGAAAAAUGGCAUCUCAUGCAAUGACAUACCAUUCAAAUCCUCGGACAAGAAAAACUUGCCAGUCAUAUAGAGAACAACUUGUUGAAAGGCGAAGGCAGAAACGGGAAACCGAAGAUCGCAGGAAGAAAACAAAAGCUGUCCACAAUCUUUCUGAGACUAUUCUAAAUGGGUUCGAAGUUCUUUGGCGACAGAACAUCUUGUGUGAUGUGAUCAUAAUUUGUCAGAACCGUACCUUCGAUGCCCAUCGUCUGCUUUUGGUCACGUGUUCAGAUUAUUUUUACGAUGUUUUCGUCGACCAGUUGCACGACGAGAGCGAAGUUGAUAUCAGUCAUUUGGACAUCGAUGCCAACAUCUUCCAGAACAUCUUGCUUUGUAUGUACACUGAAAAAGUUCGCGUUUCAGAAAACAUUGUGGAGCAAACUUUGCAUGCUGCCUCCCGAUUAGGCUUUUAUUUGAUACAGGAAGCAUGCGAGGAAUUUCUAAUGGAAAACACAAAUUUGAAGAAUUGCCUGAAAAUGCUGGAGAGGGCGUUUAAAUUCAGCCUCAGUAAACUUACAGAGAAAUCUCUAGAAAUAGCAGCGAAAUAUUUUAAAGUAAUUUCUAAAAGGUCGAGAUUUAAAGAGCUACCUGUUGAACAGAUGAUUUCCCUGCUACAGAGAGAUGAUCUGAAUGUAGACAGUGAACUGGACGUUUUUAAACGCUUCAUCCAAUGGCUGGAACACCGGAAAGCGGAACGUCUGCAACAUGCCGCCGAUAUAAUGGCGACAAUUCGACUUCCACUUCUGUCGCCCUCUGCCAUAGUGGAUUCUGUGGAAAGUAUAUCAUAUUUAAUGGACAUCCCAGAAUGCCAAACUCUUGUGAAGGAAGCUUUACAUUAUCACUGCAUCCCGUCCAGACAAACAGUUUUACAGUCUUCACGCACAGUUCCCAGAAACCAACUCGUUUCCGAUCUAUUGGUUGUUCUUGGAGGAGCACCGAGAUACAAGUGUGAUUCUGUAAAUGAUGACGUCAUAGCCUACAACUUGGCAACCAACUCCUGGAAAUCUGUUGCUACGUUACCAGAACCGCGCCAUCAUCACGCAAGCGUUAUUUUUGGCGGUUUCCUCUACAUUGCCGGAGGAGAGAGAUACAAUAACAGCAUGGCACCGCUGAACACUGUAUUCAGGUUCGAUCCUAGAAGCGGGGCGUGGUUGAAGGUAGCAAGCAUGAAACAUAAUCGUCAGAGUUUCAAUUUGGCCGUUCUGAACAACAUGAUGUAUGCAGUAGGCGGGCGAUUAGAUGCUGUGGAAUCUCUGUCGUCCGUAGAAUGCUACAACCCGAUCUCCAAUUCCUGGCAUGAAGUUGCCCAUUUGAGUACCCCUAAGAGAUGCGUUGCUGUUUCAACCCUCAAUGGACGGAUAUACGCUGUCGGAGGGUCCGGAAACAAGAUGAUUUCAAGUCGUGUAGAAAGCUACAAUCCGUUUGAGGAUAAAUGGGAAAUAAAACAACCUAUUUCAACUCCAAGGUUUUUCGCCCAACUCGUUUCAAUUUCCGGGUCCUUGCUGCUGAUAGGAGGAGCAACCGUGAGCCAAGAUGGGACCAUCACCUGUAUGGAUUCUAUCGAAAGGUAUACGCCCUCCAGUGACUGCUGGACAGUCAUUUCGCACAUGCGCACUCCUAGGGCAGAAUUUGGUUGUACGUCAGUGGGAUCCAAGAUAUAUGUAGCUGGUGGGUAUAACUGGGACUCGAUGGAACGGCUGAGAUCGGUGGAAUGCUUUGACUUCGAUUCCCACAUUUGGACGGAAAUGAAGGAGGCACUUCCAGUAGAACUAACUGGUCUUAGCUUAGCGUGUAUCAAAACCUUCAAUGGUGGUGGCUGCUGAUACAUUUUAUUAUAUUUUCUGUAAUAUAUUUUCUUUUUUUUUUCAUCUUAACUAAUUUAAUUGUGUGAGGCGACAGAAUGAAUUUGGUAACAUGGUAAUAUGGUUAAAUUCAUUGAAUUUACACUUCAUUUGUAUUAUUUAAAAUGUAAAUAAAUUGGUAUUAGAAAACUGCUCAUUUCAAACAUUUUUCUCUGUUUUUUGUAUCAUUUACCUGAACAUAAAUUAUUUGUAUAUGUAAUAUUAUCUGAUCGUAUUUUUUAAAAAUGGAUGACGGUAAACAUUGAGCGUUCAUCUACAAGUUUAUCCUAACUGGUAUAAACACAUUCUAAUAAUCUAUACUAGAAACUUCUAGAAAAAAAA